UGGAGAAAUAUGACGUCAUCACACGAGUCAGUCAUACAAAGAUGGCGGCAUAGUUCAUAAUUGCCAAUUAAAUCUGGAAAAAAGGAAUAUAUCGUGAUGGAAGUAGCAAAAAAUAGCGAGGAAUCAUCGCCAGGUUCAUUGACGGGCAUGUCUCGUGCGGCAAAACUGUUUAUAAAGAUUGACAAAGACGGAUAUUUGGUUGAUUCUUUAGCGAUUUCUGACGUCGUCAAUUUUGAUUGCAUCGAAAGCAUUGUGACCUCAGCAAAGCGAGUAGUUUCACUGUUUUUUGAUGUCACACCACGAGAUGUAGAUAUAACGGGACUAUUUUAUUAUAAGAAACGAGCACGUUCCUUGCGUAUGAAUCCAGUUCCUCUCCUAACUACUACGGACGGAUUUCGAGCUGUAGCGGAACAUCCGUCCGGGGAGAUUCCAUUAGGAAUUGAGUGGCAGAAGAAAACUUCCAAGUUUGCGUCAUCGCAACCAACAGGUGAAAAGCGCUCAAGGUCAGGGUCACCAGUAGCAGAAGUUCUUGAAAAAAAGAAAACCAAACUUGAUGUCCCUUCAAAAUAUAAAACUUAUAUGCCUACCUCUAAAGCAGACACUAGUUCCCUAGCAACAACAACAUCUGUGUCAGCGGAUAAACUAGAACCUCCAGAGCUUGUUAUCAGACAGAAAAAGGAAAUACUAGAGGAAUCGAAGCCUGCUAAUAGUCAGGUAUAUUAUAAGAAGUCCGAGGAAAAGUCACAAGUUCAUCUAAUACCAUCGGUUGUAAAGAUCUUAAAUGGUGAGGAUACAUCGAAGAGGACCCCUAGACCACCAACAAAGUCAAAUUACCAUUGGACAGGAGAUGUAUCUUGUGAGGUGAUAAUGACUUACAACGGGAUCACUGAACGGCAGAAGGUUAAGCCUCGUCUUGGACGGAUCAUACAAAACUUGGUGAAAGGCGAUUACACUACCUUGAGGGCCGAUGUACAGCAUAAUUUAAAUACUGAAACUAAACAGGAAACGUUGAAUACUGUCAACUUUAGAGGUGAUGAAAAACAAAAGCAAAUUACCUAUUUGAAUGAGGCAAAGACGGAAGUGUUCAAGGUGUUAUCAGCAUUAUGUAUGAGUAAAGCUAGAUUUAAAGAUCUCUUAGAUUGGAUGAAGACCCUCAAGCUAGAAGAAGGAAAUCAAGGAAAAUAUUACCUGUCUGAAAGGAAUGUGAUUGGAGGAGGUUUGAGGGUCAUGUAUGACACGGAUGAACAAGUCGCAUCCAAACUCAACUCUAUUCAAAGGAUUCGUGGUAAAGCAAAAGAAAAAACCAAACAGUUGUAUCCAGUACAGUCAACUUUGAAUCCAUCUAAACAAGGAAAUUAUAUGAUAAUGGUUCCCAGCUCGAAUACUACAGGGGGAGUCACUCCUAUUGCUCAAACUGGAGUAAUGGUUGCAAAUUCUAAAUCUGGUGACCAACAAGUUGGCAUUGCUCCAGUAAUGCAAGCUGGUCAAUCUUUGGUCCCGUUAGUGUCCACAGUACAAAACCCAAAUCAACCUCACCCAGCCUGGUCAAAAGAGGCUAGUAUACUUAAAACAACAGAAUCAAAAUCUUCCUUUGUGUCGAUUUUAAAUCAAGCACCUAAAUCAGUAACCUCAAUGACACAAACUGAAACAUUUGUGAAACAGAGUCCAAAACACACGCCUAGGCAACCGAAUAUUUUACGCUCUAAAUCACAUAAAAUUGUCCCGCCAUCGGGUGAUCCAGUUCCUAUGCAUUUAUUCAGGUCUUACAUAACUGGCAACAUGCCAGAUAAUACAAAUAUAGAAAACUAUAACAGUAAUGAUGAUACUAACCCAGAGACGACACUUCCAACAGUUAUUAUCAAGAAGGAACCAAUGGAUUACGAUAGUGAUAAUAAUGACAACGAAGACAACAGUAAACAUUCACAAGAUGAACCUCAUGACAAGUUUAAAGAUGUCCUCAAUUCAGAUGCACAUAUGCCUGUAGAUAACGAGAGCAAUGACUUAAAUAUGGAACUAGUGAUCAAAACAGAACCUGUGGACGAUUUUGACAGCUGAUGGAUUUGAAAUACUGGGAUUUAACAGUACGAAAGAAAUAUGAAAAGUGUUAUUUGGCAAAACAUUUCAUGUACCAUCUGGAAAAUAAAGUCCCCUCUUUGUUGUUAAAUGGAUAGACUCGUUCAAGCAUUUUCUGUGAAAGUCGGAUGGUUGUUAAACAAUAAGAAGAUGAUGUUAAACACUAAGAAAUUACGUCUUUUAUAGUUAUUUGACUUUUUUAGCUCACCUGAGCUUGCUCAGGGUGAGCUUUUAGGAUCGGUGAAUGUCCGUCGUCCGUCGUCCGUCCGGCCGUCCACAAUUGCUUGUGAACACUCUAGCGGUCGCAUUUUUGCCUCAAUCAUCAUCAAACUUGGUCAGGAUGCUUAUCUAGUUGAAAGCUCGGAUGAGUUCGAACAUGGGUCAUCUCGGAUGAAAAACUAGGUCACAAGAGCUAAAAAUAGAAAAACCUUGUGAACACUCUAGAGGUCACAUUUUUGACCCAAUCAUCAUCAAACUUGGUCAGGAUGUUUGUCUAGGUGAUAGCUCGGAUGAGUUCGAACAUGGGUCAUCUCGGAUGAAAAAGUAGGUCACAGGAGCUAUAAAUAGAAAAACCUUGUGAACACUCUAGUGGUCACAUUUUUGAACCAAUCAUCAUCAAACUUGGUCAGAAUGCUUGUCUAGUCAAUUGCUUGGAUGAGUUCGAACAUGGGUCAUCUCUGAUGAAAAAACUAGGUCACAGGAGCUAAAAAUAGAAAAACCUUGUGAACACUCUAGUGGUCACAUUUUUGACCCAAUCAUCAUCAAACUUUGUCAGGAUGCUUGUUUAGAUAAUAGCUCAGAUGAGUUCGAAUAUGGGUCAUCUCGGAUGAAAAACUAGGUCACCGGAGCUAUAAAUAGAAAAACCUUGUUAACACUUUAGCGGUCACAUUUUUGCAUCAAUCAUCAUCAAACUUGAUCAAAAUGCUUGUCUAGGUGAUAGCUCGGAUGAGUUCGAACAUGGGUCAUCUCGGAUGAAAAACUAGGUCACAGGAGCUAAAAAUAGAAAAACCUUGUUAACACUCUAGUGGUCACAAUUUUGACUCAAUUGUCAUCAAACUUGGUCAGGAAACUUGAAUAGGUCAUUGCUUGGAAUAAAUCGAACAUGGGACAUCUCGGAUGAAAAACUAGGUCACAUGAGCUAAAAAUAGAAAAAUCUUGUUAACACUCUAGUGGCUACUGUUGUGAUCCAAAUAUUCUGUUAAUUGGUCUGAAAGUUUUUUUUGAUGAUUUCUAAGUCAAGAUCAAACAUGGGUCAUCUUGGAUGAAAAACUAGGUCACACCGCCCAAAUAUGGAAAAACCUUGUUAACAUUCUAGUGGUCACAUUUUCGACUCGAUUAUCAUCAAACUUGGUCAGGAUGCUUGUCUAGGUAAUUGCUUGGAUUAGUUCGAAAUCGCAUGUGAAACUAGGUCACCGGAGCUAAAAAUAGAAAAAUCUUGUUAACACUCUAGUUGCUACUGUUUUGAUCCAAGUAUCCUGGAAAUUGGUCUGAAAGUUUGUUUUGAUGAUUUCUAGGUCAAGUUUGAAUAUGUGUCACCUGGGUAAAAAACUAGGUCGCACUGCUCAAAUAUGGAUAAUCCUUGUUAACACUGUAGUGGUCAGAUUUUUGACUCACCUGUCAUGAGACUUGGUCAGAAUGCUUGUCUAGGUAAUUGUUUGGAUGAGUUUGAUAAUUCAGGUGAGCGAUCUAGGGCCAUCAU